UCUUUCCUUCUCAUAUGUAAUUCCAUUUAUCAACCUCAACACACAUUCUCUCAAAAAUCACAUACACACAAAACAUCACACAAUUAUGUAAAAUGGGUGACAAAAAUACUAAUAUCAACAAAAACAAAGAUGAUCAAGAAACAACAGAAGUAUUAGACACACUUUCACUCACUGAUUUCCCAAUAACACAAUUAGAUGAUAAUGUUUCCACAAUUUAUGAUGAACACCAGCCGAAUCCUCCAUCAUCAUCAGCCACCGAAGAUUUUUUCGAGUUCUUCCAAGGAGACUUGAGCGAUUUUUCCGAAGAAAGUAUGAUGUCACAUGCUGAAGACAUCAUAUUUUGUGGUAAACUUGUACCGAUCAACGAACAACGACAACAUACCAAACCGAAACGACAAAGUGAUAAGCAUCACCAACGAGAUCAACAAGUGCCUAUUGGUUGCCGAAGAUCAAGAUCCGAGCCAAAGUCACAAGCCAAAAGAAUCACCACAAGUUCACUUGUUAGAAAUAGCCAUUCAUUAGAUUACAAGAAACUAAACCGAAACUCAAGCAUAAGUUCCGAACCAACAUCCGAAAUUCGUCGUGAUGGUUCAAGCAAAAAAUCUUCAUCUACAAGAUGGUAUGUAUUAUUGUUUGGUUUAGUAAAAGUGCCCCCACAAGAAAUGGAACUUAGAGACAUAAAAAACAGGCAAGUGCGUCGCAUUGCUUCAAAACCGGUUCUUGUUUCUCCGGAAUCAAGUUACGCAAUUCCGGUUAGCCGAAAUGUUGAUAAUCGGAAAUGUUCAUGGAAAGUACUUGGAUUUCUUAGUUGUAAAUCUUCUAGUAGUGCCGCCGUAACGACGCCGUUACGUUACAUGCCCAAAGUUUAAGGGAAUGUGACUUUGUGUGCUUUCUUUUUCACGUACAACUACGAUUUUGGUGCAUUUAAUUAGUUUAUGUUAUAUAUAUGACCCUAUACAUAUUGUAGUAUCUUUAUUUAUUGUUACAUAAUAUAGGUUUGUAUACUUUUUUAUGUAGCUUGUAUAAUGGAAAGAUUUAAUUAUAAAGUUAAUUAGAAAUUUAUAUA